AUGGCGUCGUUCUUUGUCAGCGCUUUAUGGCAUGGACUGUCACCAGGCUACUACCUCUUUUUUUUAUCAGGCGGUAUUUACAUCGAAGUUGGCAAACACCUCCGUCGUCGCCUUCGAUCAUACUUUCACUACACUGAAGUUCGUACAGCUCAUCCGCAUGCUAUUUUCCUUUCGUACUUUGACGGAAAUUCUCAUCCGAUGGCAUUCUUGUACGACAUAUCGGGCGUGUUCUUCACGUGGGUUGCGAUGCAGUACGCUGGUAUUGCGUUUGAAAUUUUAGACCUAGGCGUAUGCACUGGGACUUGUUCGUUCAAUAUGCCUGGAGCUCGACAUCAUCGUCGCAUGGCAAACCCGCCAAGAAAAGGGCUUACACUUUGGAGCGCAUUAAAGAGGAAAUUUCCUGCAUAUAUUGGCAAACGAAGACGUCACACACGGCGACCGUUGAAACCGCGUUUUUUUAUCGAUCCCGAGGCUCCAGCGAAGAGAACGUGGGACUUGCUGCUUAGUCUACUCGUACUUUAUACCACGCUUGUCGUGCCUUAUCGAGUCUGUUUUCAAGUCGAAGCAGGAGGAUUCUUUGCACAACUGGAAACGGCGAUGGAUGUGGCUUUCUUUGUUGACAUCGCCUUGAAUUUUAUCACUGGUCUUCAAUUACCCUCUGGAGAAAUAACAUAUACACUUCGCGUGAUUGUAAAAUCAUAUUUACGUGGUUGGUUUAUUGUGGAUUUUGUUUCGACGCUCCCGUUCGAGUCUCUUGCAAAACUUUUCGGCGUCAGCAAUAGUACACAUGCUGCUCUCUUGUCGACAAAGCUGCUGCGAGGUUUAAAAGUGCUGCGAUUAUUUAAGCUAGCACGGAUACGUCGACUGCGAAAAGUUUUCGCAAACUUAGAGGACGCUGUUUACACAAAUCAAAGUCUGAUAUCGCUUGUCAAGUUAGCGCUAACAAUGCUAUUCAUUGCCCACUUGGUGGCUUGCCUCUGGUAUGCUGUCGGAAGGACAGACUCAGAAAAGUCAUGGUUGAUUAGUAUUUCGCUUGAUCCUGCGGGUCCGGCUAUCGAUACCGAGUCGCUUCAAUAUGUACGAUCCAUGUAUUGGGCUAUCGUUACAAUGACGACAAUAGGUUACGGCGAUAUUGUCGCUCAUGGUAAUAACGAAAGAUUGCUUAAUAUCGCCGUAAUGGCCGUCGGUGUGUCCUUCUUUGGUUACGUGAUCGGCACAAUCUCAAACUUGGUUACGAAUUUGGACGUUGCAGCUGCACGAUACGAUGAACGGAUGACUGUUGUCAAAGAAUAUAUCAUUUCACGGAGUAUGCCUCAAUAUAUCAGCAACAAAAUUCGUCACCAUUUCGAGUAUUUUUACCAAAACCGCUCAGUGUUUAAAGAGCGUCGGAUUCUUGAACGGCUUCCAUCUGCUCUUCGUAAUGAAAUGAUCCACCAUGUGCACUCGAAAAUUGUAUCGAGCAUCAAAUAUUUUGUUCAAUGCCCCGAAAGCUUAAUUAGCGAUAUCGUGAUAGCAAUGCGCCCGUUUGCUACACUUAAAGAUGAGUAUGUCUACGUCGAACACGAAAUUGCAGCACAUGUAUUCUUUAUCAUCAAAGGCAAAGUUCAGCUUGUGAAAACAAUUCGACGCGGGAAAGAAGAUUUGCGGCUUUCGACGAUGAGUGUUGGCGAUCACUUUGGCGAGCUUGAAGUGUACGACCGUGAACACGGCAACGGUGUACGUAUCUGCUCGGCUGUAGCAAAAUCCUAUAGCGAGCUAACCUUUCUCUCUCGAGAAGCUAUUCAAAAAAUUAGUGUAAGUUGGCCAGAAGUGAUCAAACACUUCCGUGAAACUGCAGCAAUCAGCGCUAAUAGUAUCUGGCAACGCGCGGAUCCUUCAGAUUUUAGUUCCAGGAAAAAGCCCGUUCUGCACACUCUUGCUUUAAAAAAAGGUAUUGACAUUUUUCCAGAUACGGUAAUGAAGACAUCUAUCAUGAAUCGAAAGGUGACUCCAAGUGAAAUGGGUCGCGUCGUUCCCUAUUUACCUUCCCAUAGGACUGAUUCGCCGGAAUCGAGACCAGAGACUAUAUUAGAGGAGGGUAGUGAAUAUGGUGUUCAGCAGCCAGCCACGUCGACACCUCUGGUCUACCAUUCAGCAAUUGUGCAUCCAGAGUUGCCGAGCGAGCAGAGCAAUAAUGCGUGGCUAGCCUCUUCUGAACCAAGAGAAUCGCCAUCGAUUCACGGUGUGAGUUCUCUUACCAGGCCAGUAACUUCUGCUAUGCAAGGCCGCAGAAUUAUUCUUGAGGCAUUACCUCAAGCAUCGUUGGUAGAAGCAAAGAAAAAGAAUAGCAGCUCAGUGUUCGAUUCUAUACACACAUUAGACCCAGACAGUGAUGUCAAAGAAGAAAUCUCAAACACGCUCGGAAGUGAAAUUCGUCACCAUGAUGGGCACCAAUUUGACUUAUUUAAGCAGCGGUAUGCUACAACUAAAGAAAGUUACAGUCUAAAUGAAACUGAGCCAACGGCAGCAAUACAGGUCAUGCAAAUACAAGAUGAAAAUAAGGCCAGGCCUGAGCAAUCGGCAAUUCAAACCACUGACCAUGAAAUUCCGAUCGAAGGACGCCCAUUUUUGGCUGGCGCAACUGACGAACACGAACUUCAUGACAUGAUUGUAAAGAUUCGUGAUUCGCCUCUUGAACAACCAAAAACAAAUAUCAAGUCAGAGCGUGUUUUGCUUCGAGGAACGUAUUUGUUUCAUCCUCAAGAGCCUUCAAUUGUUUUAUGGCAAUUUUUUGUGGGUAUUGGAAUUGUGUAUUCAAUCAUUGUCGUACCCUUCCGACUUGGGUACGAUGUUGACGCAGUUGGUGGUUGGUAUGUGCUUGAAAUGACCAUCGAUGGUUUCUUUCUCGUCGACAUUCUGGUUAACUUCCGUACUGCGUACUUCGACGAUGAAAGAAAGCUGAUUUAUGAGCCACGCACUCUUUUCUGGCGGUAUGCUAAAGGUUGGUUUCUUCUUGACCUCAUUUCAACUGUACCGAUCGACGAGCUCUUUCGAGCUGUGGUUGGCACUUCUAAUCAAACAUUGCGUCGAUUUCCCACAAAGUUAUUGCGACUGUUUCGAAUUGCACGGUUGCUUAAACUCACACGACUGAUAAAGCUUAGUCGUGUCUUCGGGCGAAUUCGGGACACUAUUCAGUUGAAUCCUUCAACAGAACGACUUUUUAAACUAUUGGCAAUCAUGUCGAUCUUCUGUCACUGGAAUGCGUGUAUGUUUCACAGCGUCAUGAUGAUGAGCGAAUCCGCUGGAUAUCGCAGUUGGUGUGGCGACGCUUUUUUUCCGAGAGAUCCUCAGCUUAUCGACUGUGUGAGCCUUGUUCCAGUUGGGGAUCGAUACAUUGCUGCUCUAUACUGGGCGUUUACGACACUUACAACCGUUGGUUACGGCGAUGUAAAGCCAAGUGUUCAUUCUCCGUACGAACUGGUUGUCGUGAUCAUACUCGUGGUCGUCAAUGCCACGGCUUUUGGGUACAUCAUUUCGUCUGUAAUGACACUCAUUCAAAAUUUGGAUCCAAGCGAUCGCGAAUAUCGGCUUCUGAUGACAGAGAUGAAAGAUUAUUUGCGUGAUUUGUCGGUGAGCGAACGUAUGUGCAUCAACGUUAAGACGCACUACUUGCAUCACAUUGCGUGUACCAGCCUAUUUCCCGAACAGAAGCUUUUUGACAAAAUGGCCCCGAGUCUGCGCUUUGAUGUAGCACGUCUGGUUGCAGUCGAAAAUUUAUUUGCUAUUCCCCUCAUUACAGUGAUGGAGGAUGCUUUUAAGGGUUUCGUGUCGUACGCUUUAUUCCUUCUAAAACCUGUUUGCAUUCGGCGGGGCGAAACAGUAUGUCGCUGUGGUAGUCCAGGUAUCGAAACCUUCUUUGUUGUCGAGGGCGAGUGCGACCUUUUGAAUUCAAGAACUAAUCAAGGUCGCAUUGUGGGGGAAAACACUGUCUUUGAGCAGUAUGCUUUGAUGGCUCAGCCUGAUGAGUUGUAUCGGACAGUGUCGACAGCCACAGCCAUUUCAAGCAAGUGCAUUCUAUAUUCUCUUUCUAUACAAGAUUUUAGGGCACUCGAAAACGUUUCACCAGCAGUCAGCACGUACUUUGUGAGUCAGCUGGCGUCCGUACUUGUAGCUGAUGACAUGUACUCACUUCUUCCGCAUCAAAAGUCAAAUGUGCAAUUGGCACUACUUCGUGGUCAGAAUUUUCGCUCAGUGGCGGAGCAGACCCGAGGACGAGUUAAACUUAGAGAUCUCGGCCGAGUAGCUAUGGCGAAUUUGUAUAAGCGACGAGGAAGCGAGUGGUCUCCUGAUUUGUUGCCAAAGCAACUUCAGUUGCUCGCGGAAAAAGAACGAACAAAUAGUGAAGUGGGUGCAAGUGUCAUUGACUACGCAACUGACAAUCGCCAAUCUGAAAAUGAAAGUUCGUCUUCAACAAUCGACGGGACCGAGUUAACGACACAAUGUAAUCUACCAGUGAAGUUCUAG